AUGAGCUUCCACGAGCGCGCUGAAGAUAUCCGCGUUGACGACGGCCACAUCCUCGUCGCUCGGCUUGCCAAUGGCGACGGAGACUUUCAAGAGGCAUCCAUUGACUUGGACAGGUUCCUCGGGAACAGCGAAGGCUCUUUUGAGUGGGGAGGACAAAACUUCUCCCACACCGCUGAGGACAUCUCCUUUCAUCUGGAGGGAGACGGCAACGUGCCCGUUCUGCGGGCCAGGUUGGCCAGUUCCGAUGGUGAAUUGCAUGACGCCGACGUUAACCUAGCCGAACGGAUUGGGAAUGAGAACGGUUCGUUUGCUUUUGUUUAA